AUGUUUUGGACCAUCGGCUGUAUUUAUGGGGCAUCCUCCGUUGUAUUUGGCGCGUUUGGAGCCCACGGGCUGAAAAAACACAUCAGUGAUCCCGCAAGGCUAGCAAACUGGUCGACCGCAGCUCACUAUCAGUUAAUUCAUAGCGGUGUCCUCCUUCUAACUGCGGCUGCUGCGCCAAAGAACAAGGUUGCUGCUGCACUUUUCACUGCUGGAAUGACCAUGUUUAGUGGUAGCAUCUAUCUGCUCGUUCUGGAUCCUCAGCGUUUCAAGGCUUUGGGUCCUGUCACCCCCUUGGGAGGCCUGUGCUUAAUUGCUGGAUGGGGAGCUCUCGCUUUUGGCAGUCGAGGAAGACUCGCUUAG